CUACAUGGAGAAGACAUGAUAUUGGGUACCGCGCCACCGGGACGGCAAAUGCUGGGUCAGACCACACGCCCCUAAGAACGCUUUCAAUUCAAUGCUCUUCCCCACUCCCGACCUGAAUGCCAAAUCUGCAAGCCCAAUGGUACCCCAUGCGUUCUUUGAACGCCAUCGCAUAUGCCUUCAAAACCAAAUCUCCCCGCCCUUGCCGCCCAUAGUACUCCCGGUCCCGAAGGAAUUAUCGCCGAGGUCAUUGAAUAAGAACAACACAUAGAAAAGAG